UUAUAAACCCUAAAAGCCUCCUCCUGAUUCGUAAACCCUACUGCUCCAACUCUAAAGCACUCCCCACAAUCUUCUCUCUCCCUCUUUGUCCCUUUGUAAUGGAGAAGCAGCAACAAGAGGAGGAGCCGUUGUCAUUAAACUCAGACCUUAAAAAACAAGAAACUGUAUUAUGUGAAGAAUGCAAAGAAAAACCAUCAAAAUACAAAUGCCCAGGUUGCUCUGUACGCUCUUGCAGCCUCGAUUGUGUCAAAGCUCACAAGCAACGCGCUUCCUGUUCUGGAAAACGAAGCCAGACCCACUUUGUCCCUCUAUCUCAAUUCGAUGACAAUCUCCUCUUGUCCGAUUAUAAUUUGCUUGAGGAAAUCAAGAGGGUUGCUGAUUCUGCUCGGAGGACGAGAACUAAAUUGCACCCACAUCCUCCUUAUUCUAGAUUUCCACCUCACCGUCAAGACCUUAAACGUGCUGCUGCAAGACGGAGGACAAAGCUCCUUUUCCUUCCAAGUGGAAUGUCAAAGAGGGAAAAGAACCAGACUCAAUACGACCCAAGGAAGAAAUCCAUCUCUUGGACAAUUGAGUGGCGGUUUCACUCAACUGAUGUUGUUUUACAUGACCAUGGAGUACAUGAAGACACCGAACUUUUCUCUGUAAUUGAGAAGCAUUUGAAACCUGGACCAUGGAACCAUCCAUUAAGGCAAUUUUGUGAUCAGCCUUUGGACUCCCUCAAGUUUUUUAUCCGCAAGUAUCCAAAGGGACCCAAGUCAACUUUCUGUGAGAUUAACACUAAGGCCUCUUUAAGGCAGCAAUUAGCCAAUGUAGUUAUCAUGGAACACCCUGUUAUUCAUGUUUUCCUUCCAUCACACAAGUAUGAUUUUGACGUUGUCAAAGAUGUUCGUCUUGUCAAUCAUAGAUUGGAUGCUAAGAAUUCUGCCAGCAAUGAUUGCCCAAGUCCAAAAGGCAUUGUCUUUAGGGAAGAGCAAAUAGAAGAUGAAGCCAAUAUUUGCUCUUCUGAUCCCCAAGUUUAUGAUUUGAUGAAAAAUGAAAUUUUGAGUCCGUCAAAUCAAAUCUGUCAUCAUAAUGCAUCUGUGAAAGCAUUAGAAAACAUAUUUGAUGACUCUUUGGCUGUGAGAGAAGCAGCAGCUAAUGGUGUGCAUUCCAGCUCCAAGAGCGAAGGGACUUUUGAGAAUAUGGAAUUUGACUUUGAUCAAGGUUUGAUGGAUGCAUACUCAGAUCUCAUUGCACAAAUUAAUCCUGAUGACUUUCUUGAUUUAGAGGGUGUGUUUUCCAAGGAAGAAGAAGAUAGGAAUGAUCAUUUUGGUUCCAUGGGGACUUUUUCAGUGGAAGAGGAAUUGGAAGAGGGGGAGAUUGCAGAAUAAUUGAUUCUGGAUUCAAAUUAAAAUUCCACAAGCAAACUGUAAAAGGAGCACCUGCCAAGAUUUCCUCGUCCAGCUGGAGUUAAUUUUCACUGCCAUUAACCUUUGAUGGUUGCAGCUUAUCUGUCAAAAGGGCACAGUUUGUUUGAUUCUAUGGCAUAACUCGGAGACAAGAUAAUACGUGUUUUUCUUCAUAUGACACAUAAAGAGGCCGUUUAAUUGGUGCAUUGGAUCUUGUCACCAGUCAUAGCAAUAAGAUUUUAUCAGACUGACAGGGCUAUCCCAUGCUUGUUUUCUUUUUCCCUACUUCUGAAAGUGCCUGUCUUCCUGAUCCACAUACAAGCUGCGCCAUUCAUAAACUAAGAUUGUGCAUCUUGGGUCGGGUUUUGAGCUUUUAUGUUUUGAUAGUCAAAACUCCAUGGUAAAAAUAAUUGUUUGUCAAUUUAUAUUUAUUUGGAUAUGAUUUCUGCAUGUACUUGACUGGUUGGAGAUAUAGUAGUAUACUAGUAAAUUGAGCA